GUGUAUAAUUAGAAUAUUGUUUAGAAUAACUUGAUUUGUGUUUCAUAUUUCCUCUCGUUGUCUACAAUCCUGCACUAACUUCAAGUUUCUGUUGACCCAAUGGUUGACUGGUAGAGAAUGCCGCAAGGCAUUAAGUCCGCCAUUCGUACAAUUUAAUAGCAUACAAUAAAGUUUAAAUAAAUAAAUAAAUAUACAUGUGUGUCGCUCGUAGCCCCACUGCUAACCGCACCUACAUAUAUAAGUGCACAUGCAUGCACGCCUGCAUUUGCGUUGCUUCGUGCCAAGCUUCCGUGCGUGCACUGUGUUGUGAAGUGAAAGAACUAUGAAGGCGGUUCUGUUGACCAUCCUCCUUGUUGGGAUCGUGAGGAGUGAGAAGCAUGAGGCAGAGCCAACAGAAGAAUCCCUUAAACACGGGCUGAGUCACAAAUGCGGUGCGCGAGAACCUUCGUCAUGUAUCGCUAUUGAGCUGGUCGGCUACGUCGACCGCAUGUUGCGGACGGCCUCCAUCCAGCUCAGCGAUGACGUCAUGAUUGUAGAUGAGAGCAACGGAGCAGCAGCUGAAGCGCCAGUAAAGUCCGAGACCCUGGCCCGCGCCGGCUCCUCCCUGGAAGACCAGGCGCAGCAGCUUAUCAUGGACAAGCUGUGGAACUUCGCUACCACGCGGUCCCUCCGGUACAGGCUGCUGGAGAACGCGGACCUCGUCGUGUCCGGGGCUCAGGAGAAGGACGGCAGCUUUGGAGUCGGAGUAGCCCUAAAAUCCCCAAAGGUCUUCGAGAGCGGCCGCAGCCGUAACAAGAACAUGGGUCCGUUCCUCGCCGCGGCAGCCAUGAAGUUCGGUCUGCUUGGUGCUCUGACCUUCAAGGGCCUGACUCUGAUGGUCGGGAAGGCUCUCCUCAUCUCGAAGAUUGCGUUGCUGCUGGCUACUAUCAUUGGGCUCAAGAAACUGUUCUCUCCUCAGGCUAUCAUCAAAAAGGACUAAGUCACGGUGGUGCAUAAGACCUGAUGGAGGCGGAGAACGGAGCUUACCUCAACCCUGUCAAAAUACCAAAAAUAAUAUGGGAAUACACAUCGAACAGUAACAGUCUGUAUAUAUACAGAAAAAAACUGAUAAAACAUCAAAACAAAACAGUAAUGUGAGAAUUUUUCCCUUUGACCGUCGAAUACGUCAAUUGACACGCGAGGCUACCCAAUAUCAAGCUUCGUGCAUGUCGACAAGAUUCACGAUAACGCGCCGUGCAUUCCAGCAAGGUUCACGGUAACGCGCCGUGCAUUCCAGCAAGGCUCACGGUAACGCGCCGUGCAUUUCAGCAAGGCUCACAGUAACGCGCCGUGCAUUCCAGCAAAGUUCACGAUAACGCUCCGCGCUUAAUAGUGGUUGGCGCGUGGCGUUCAAAGGGUUACAGCUACAGAUAAAGUCACCUUACUUAACU